AUGGCCCAGCCACAGCCUGCUCCUUCGCGCCCGCCUCUCCCUCCCACUCAGACCUCUUUCCAUCGCGAUUUUCCCGCUGCAAAUGGAAGACCAAGUCCCCUUGGCCCUCAGUCGCCGACCAUGAGUUUAGGCUUCUCAUCACCAUCGCCUCAGCAGUUUUCACCUCAAUUUUCGCAACCACCAGCAAAAAGAUUACGACUCUCACCUGAAGCUCAAUCUCCCUUUCCCUCACCCAGUCAAGUCGCCACUCCAACGGCGCAGCCGUCCACGCCGGUUGGUGGAGCCUUGCUCAAUGGAUCUACACCUGUCGUUCCACGACCUGGCUUGAUGGCUCCUCCACAACGCCCGCCAGAUAAAGCAGACAACAACUACGAGGAUAUUCUUUCGGGAACAGGAAUUAACAUUGAAGAGGAGGCCCGGAUGCUUGUCCGACCCGAUUACUACAAUAUCCCAACGCCUCAGGACCCCUUUCAGUCUCGUCCCGGUGGCUUUAAUAGUCGUCAGAAUUCGUUUACUGCGGCCAGCCCUGGUGGUGAUGGCGCGAUUGGAACUCAACAGCAACAAGAUGAUGGGCAACCGCAAACCCAAGGUUAUCAGCCGACGGCAGAGGAAGUCAAGAAACGUGAGGAACAACGCCAGGAUUGGGAAGCCGCUCGACACAGCCAACAUCCGUUAUGGGACAUGUUUCUUCAAGGCGGAGCAUUGAACGAACGAAUCAGAAACAUCAGUAUUUCGGAGCAUUUGGUUGAUCCUCAGUCCGGGGUGUUGGUCAAUACUCAGAAAUCCGGUCCUCCACCAACCGUACGUGUCAACGGGCUAGAAGGAGCAUCGCGUGUCAUUGACAAGGGACAAGCCAUUCUCGAUACGGGACAGAAGGGCGAACGUUUGUCUGAAAUCAUGAAGGUUAUCAGCCUGGCUGCUAAAGCCCGGCUGAGUGGCCUCGUGAGUGCAUCAUCACGAAUGUCACACGAACGGCAAGAACACUCCAAGGGGAAGAUUCCGGAUGACUGGCAAGACAUUGCUGUUCCCGCGAAGCCAACCAUUGAUUUACCAGAAAGCGCUCUGAGCCCUACUAGCAGCUCGGCGCUCAAACGGACGUUCUCGCAUGCAAACAGUGAGCCCUCCAGUGCUGGCAAUCAGGUCUUCAGUGUCCCACGAAUCAUUGAGGCCUUGGAGAAGUCGACCACAUCAGAAAAGACCGCCGAGGAUGCUCGUCGGCUGAAACGGUUGAAACGCCGCGCAGCCAACAAUGGUGAUGGAUCCGCAGGGGCGGCUACUGCAGCUGCCGAGGCAGAAGCGGCUUUGGCGGCAGCUCUCGAGGCCGAGAAGAAGACGACCAAGAAAGAGCGGAAGCUGGCUGUGUCCAAGUUCUCCGAACAGCAGCAACACAAGUCGGCGAACGAGGCAGCACGCCUGGCGGUGUCUGGAAUUCUGGGGCGAGGUAAGAAGAGCCGGACGUACGACUGGAUGAAUGCGGGCAAGGGGGCAGGAGCCAGUCCAGCUGCAACUCCUGGAAAACCUCAGGCAUCCGGCCCAUCAUCAACAGUUGGUACACCAGCACCGGAACGAGCGCGACCUCUUCGGGAGAAGCAAUUUGGACAGUGGGACGAAGAGAAAGAGGGCAAGAUUCAAGCACGAGAUGUGUUUGUCGUGCUCGAGAGUGACGGACGAGCAUUUAGGUCUUAUCUGCGAGGACUGAGCCUUCCAGAAAAUUGA